GGUGCUCAGACACUCCACCUACUCGUUUAACUCAGCAGGAAGAGACUCUCUUCUCCUUUCUCGGAAAAUACCGUGAAAUAAUCAGCGACCUGCGGAGAUCCGAAAGGCAGCCUGCACCUUUUAAUAUAAUUUUUGAGUCAUUUCUUUCUAAACAGCAGAUAAUAAUCGUUCUUAAAGUCGUUCGUUUUCGGCAGUCAUCCAGAAAGUGAAAGCAAAGUUAACAUGGCGGAAGCUUUACGUGAGGAAAUGGAUUCUCUGUCUGUGCAGGAGCUGUCGUGUCCCGUGUGCACUGAAUCUUUCAGAAGCCCGGUUAUGUUAUCGUGCGGUCACAGUUUCUGUAAAGAGUGUCUUCAGCGGUUCUGGAGAAUCAAGGGCACUCAGGAGUGUCCAGUGUGCAGGAGGAGAUCCUCCAAAGAAGAUCCUCCAUAUAAUUUCACGUUACAAAACCUGUGCGAGGCGUAUAAGCGACAUUCGUCAAGAUCAGAGGAGAUGUGCAGUUUACACGGAGAGAAGUUCAAACUCUUCUGUCUGGAGGAUAAUCAGCCUGUGUGUGUGGUGUGCAGAGACUCACAGAUACACACUAACCACACAUUCAGACCCAUCGAUGAAGCAGCUGCAGCCUGCAAGCAUCAGCUGGACACCAAACUGAAAACCCUACAGGAGAAGCUCAAGCGCAAGGAAAACGUUAAAGAAGAGCUUGAGAGAACAGUUUUUAAUGUCAAGGCUCAGGCGGAGCAGACGGAGCGUCAGAUCAGACUGCAGUUCCAGAAGCUCCAGCAGUUUCUCCGUGAUGAAGAAGAAGCUUCAGUGUCUGCUGUGAGGAAGGAAGAGGAGCAGAAGCAGCAGAUGAUGAAGGAGAAGCUGGAGGAGAUCAAUAAACACAUCUCAGAUCUCUCACACGCCAUCAGAGACACAGAGGAGAGCAUGAGCCACAGCAGCAUACGCUUUCUACAGGAGUUUCCAGUCUCGAUGAAGAGAUUACAGAUUUCUCAGCCAGAUUUAUGGAUGCCCGCUGGAGCUCUGAUUAAUGAGUCUCGAUAUCUGGCGAACCUGAUGCUCAGAGUCUGGUGGAACACACAGGACGUGUCAGAAAGACGGAUUGUUCUUGUGGGUGGACGUGGUGCUGGGAAAACUGCAUCUGCAAACACAAUCCUGGGAGGGAGAGAUUUCAUAUCUGAGAGGGGUUUAGGAUCCGUGACCAGUGAAUGUUCAGUUGCACAGGCCAGAGUUUUAGGCAGGUCUGUGUCUGUAGUCGACACUCCUGGAUUAUUAAACACAGAGAUGAUGGAGAUCAACAGAGCUGUGAGUUUAUCCAGUCCUGGACCUCACGCUUUCCUCAUUGUGUUCAAUGUAAAUGACAGAUACACUGAUCAGCAGAUUCCUCAGAUGAUGGAGAAGAUAUUUGGUGAAGUAGUGUUUAAAUACUCCAUCAUUCUCUUCACUCGUGGAUUUGGAGUACGUCAGAGGGAAAGCUUUCUUCAGAAGUUCACCAAAGGUUUUGUGAAUAACAGAGAGCAGCUGGAUGAAGAAGAGCACAUAGAGGAGCUGAUAGAGGAGAACAGUGCAUUAAGAGGCCUAGUACGUGAGUGUGGAGGCAGAUAUCAUCUGUUCAACAAUUUAGAUGUGAAUAACAGAUGGCAGGUGGAGAAUCUACUGCAGAAGAUUGACUCAAUCAUACAGCAGAAUGGAGGAAGACACUACACUAACCAGAUGUAUGAAGAUGCUCAGAGAGGCAGAAGAGAAGAAGAGGGAAUCAGAGAAGAACUCAUGGUAAAGAAACCCAAAAAACCCAAGAGUUGAUAGAAGGUUUAAAACAAAAACAGGCCUUUGCCUUUAGAAGAUCCUCCGGGAUUAUUUGACACACACAAGAA